AGAACAGCUGCUCCUAGACACCAUUCCCUGGACCCUCUGCUGCCAGAGUCAGGCUGGGCCUUUGUCCCUGUGUUACCUGGGAGAGCGGGCACCUGUGGUGCCUGGUCCCCACCUCCUUCCCCGUGAAUAUUAUGGAAUAUCUCAAGGGGCAGGAGCUGCAAACACUGGGGAGUGGAGCCUGGGACAAUCCUGCCUACAGCAGCCCCCCUUCCCCAAAUGGGACCCUGAGCAUCUGCACUGUCUCCAGUGGGGCGCUCCCCCAGCCUCAACCCAAGAAGCCUGAAGACAGACCCCAGAGAGCCCUGAUGUCCAGCUGCUGCUUCCACAUCUGUCACAGCAUUAGAGGACUCUGGGGAGCAACCCUGACUGAGAAUACAGCUGAGAACAGAGAACUCUAUGUCAAGACCACCCUGAGGGAGCUUGUGGUGUACAUCGCGUUCCUCGUGGAUGUCUGUCUGUUGACCUACGGAAUGACAAGCGCUAGUGCCUACUACUACACCAAAGUGAUGUCUGAGCUGUUCCUACAUACCCCAUCAGACUCUGGGGUCUCCUUCCGGACCAUCAGCAGCAUGGCAGACUUCUGGGAUUUUGCUCAGGGCCCACUCCUGGACAGUUUGUACUGGACAAAGUGGUACAACAAUCAGAGCCUGGGUCGUGGCUCCCCCUCCUUCAUCUACUAUGAGAACCUGCUGCUGGGAGCCCCGAGGUUGCGGCAGCUGCGGGUGCGCAACGACUCCUGUGUGGUUCACGAGGACUUCCGUGAGGACAUUUUGAACUGCUACGAUGUCUACUCUCCGGACAAGGAAGAUCAGCUCCCUUUUGGGUCUCUCAAUGGCACAGCGUGGACAUACCAUUCACAGAGUGAGCUGGGGGGCUCCUCUCACUGGGCCAGGCUUACAAGCUACAGUGGGGGUGGCUACUACUUGGACCUUCCAGGAUCCCGACAAGCCAGUGCAGAGGCCCUCCAAGGCCUUCAGGAGGGACUAUGGCUAGACAGGGGCACUCGGGUGGUCUUCAUUGACUUCUCUGUCUACAAUGCCAACAUCAACCUUUUCUGUAUUCUGAGACUGGUGGUAGAGUUCCCAGCCACAGGAGGGGCCAUCCCGUCCUGGCAAAUCCGCACAGUUAAGCUGAUCCGCUACGUGAGUAACUGGGACUUCUUCAUCGUGGGCUGUGAGGUCAUCUUCUGUGUCUUCAUCUUCUACUAUGUGGUGGAGGAAAUCCUGGAAAUCCACCUGCAUCGGCUUCACUACCUCAGCAGCAUCUGGAACAUUCUGGACCUUCUGAUCAUCUUGCUCUCCGUUGUGGCCGUGGGUUUCCACAUAUUCCGAACCUUGGAAGUAAACCGACUGAUGGGAAAGCUCCUGCAGCAGCCAGACACUUACGCAGACUUUGAGUUCCUGGCCUUCUGGCAGACACAGUACAACAAUAUGAAUGCAGUCAACGUUUUCUUUGCCUGGAUCAAGAUCUUCAAGUACAUCAGCUUCAACAAAACCAUGACCCAGCUCUCCUCCACACUGGCUCGCUGCGCCAAGGACAUCCUGGGCUUCGCUGUCAUGUUCUUCAUCGUCUUCUUCGCCUAUGCCCAGCUUGGCUACCUGAUUUUUGGGACCCAAGUGGAGAACUUUAGUACUUUCGUCAACUGCAUUUUCACUCAGUUCCGGAUAAUCCUUGGGGAUUUUGACUACAAUGCCAUCAACAAUGCCAACCGAAUCCUGGGUCCUGUGUACUUCGUCACCUAUGUCUUCUUCGUCUUCUUCGUGCUCCUGAACAUGUUCCUGGCCAUCAUCAAUGACACAUACUCAGAGGUCAAGGAGGAGCUGGCUGGCCAGAAGGAUGAGUUACAGCUUUCUGACCUCCUGAAACAGAGCUACAAGAAGACCCUACUAAGGCUGCGCCUGAGGAAGGAACGGGUUUCAGAUGUGCAGAAGGUCCUGAAGGGUGGGGAACCGGAGAUCCAGUUUGAAGAUUUCACCAACACUUUGAGGGAACUGGGGCAUGCAGAGCAUGAGAUAUCUGAGCUCACGGCUGCCUUCACCAAGUUUGAUCAGGAUGGGAAUCAGGUUCUGGAUGAGAAGGAGCAGGCACAGAUGGGACAAGAUCUGGAAGAGGAGAGGGUGGCCCUCAGUGCUGAGAUUGAGAACCUAGGCCAGUCCAUUGGAUAUAGCCCAGCAGGUGAAUUGGGCACAGAAGCUACGAGAGGAGGAUGCUGGGUUUCUGGAGAAGAAUUUUACAAGCUCACAAGGAGAGUUCUGCAGGUGGAGAGUGUUCUGGAAGGAAUUGUGUCCCGGGUUGAUGCUGUGGGUUCAAAGCUGAAAAUGCUGGAGGGGAAAGGGGACCUGGCUCCCUCCCCAGGAAUGGAGGAGCUAGCUGUUUGGAAGAACCUAUAACCAGUCCUAGUUGUCAUUUCAACCCCCUUGGGAGUCCAGGGUGGGCAGGAGAAUGAGUUUCCCUGUAAGAGAGGAAAGGAAGCCCUGGGGGAAAGUAGACUCUUGUGUGGUGAGAUUCCAACAGAGGAGUUAAGAGGGACACCCUCAAAGGUGAAGUCAAUGCAGGCUCUGCUGGAGGACCCCACCCUCCGAUUCUGAUGUUCCACUGAACACAUAGAACCAACCAAGAGGACUUCAAACCUGGAAACAGAACCCAAAGGGAAUCAGGGAAGGAAGUGAUGUCAGGGUUCAGGGAAGGAAGUGACGUCAGGGUUCGUUGAUCUUUGGACUAAUAUUAUGUGGUGGUCUCUGACUCUGUUCAUCAUAGGACAACAUGGGGUUCCAAGGUGACUAUCAAUAAAAUCCUUUAGAGAACA